CAAGGCACGCGUGUCCAUAAUUUUCCACCUCGCCGUGCUUUCUCCCAGUCACACCCCACACGCCUUUACUUGUUGCUGCCCCAUGCUAAUUCCAUGCGCGUUUCUAUCGAUCCCGGCCACCCUUGUAUAAAAGGCCGCGUCAUCGUCGUAAUCAUGAAAGAACAGAUCGGCAGAUAUCCAUGCGACCCGUGGAGGAAUCACGUCAACGUGGUGAGAACGCUGUGGACGAAGGUUGAACACAAUUAAAAUAAAUAGGAUACAAGUUGGCUCGUGUUCGAAUGAAUAAUUAAGGAAGCAAGGGAAAUGUUAUCGCAAGAAUGGAUAUUGGUGUUUUUAAUUACGGGAUCAGCGACAGCAAUGGUGCCCGUGCCCGUCCAUCAUAUGACGGACGAGUUGUUGAGAAGCUCUCCAGAUACUGUUAUUAGGAAACAACGAUCCUUGGAUACGAAUCCGCAAGGAUAUUACAAUGAUCUUCGUUCGUUUAAAUAUCACGGAGGAGAGGGAGAGAGAAAGCUCGAUAGGGAGUAUCAAGGAGAAAGGGAAAUGGGAGAGGAAGACGAGGAAAUAGAAUUCUUGCCUAGUGAAACUGGACAAUUAGAGACUGUAGGGAACGGUUUCCAAUUGAACAAUAAACUACUCGAAAGGGCGUUGAUCGAUUAUCUAGAAAGCAUUCCGCAACAGGAAGAGCAAGUCCCAUCGCUGUUCCGAGAACGUGAACGAAGCUCCAGUCGUAAGAGAGAUUUUAAUUCUGAUCGAUUAAACAUCGAUAAUAAAGAGCUGACGAAAUUGCUGCUGGAGGAGUUGCAGGAUGGUUCUCCGUAUAAUCUUGCAGACUUGGAUGACGAAGGAUACGUGGACGUUCGUCAGAUGCUUUAUGAUCGAUAUAGGGGCGAUCGAGGCAAUAAAAUAUACGAUAGGAAUUCAGGUCCAAUGUCCUGGGGAGCAUUGUUAAACAAAGAAUCGACGAUUCGACAGGGUAGAAUAUCCGACGAAAAUGAAUUCAACGAUCGGGAGCAAGAUCCAAAUCUGUUGUACCUAUCUAUGGAAGAACAAAGAAACAUGAAUGGUGGGUAUCCUACAGAACGAUCUAUGAGGACUUAUAGAAAUACGGCUAAACGUUAUUUCGUGGCCAAAAGGAGCCCGAAAGCUAUGCCUACCAAGAAAGAAAUUACCGAUCCUAAGGUUGCUCAAGAUUUAGGAGCAUUAUUUGGCACCCAAUCUGUGAAUAAUCAAAAUCAUACGCAUAACUACAAGAAUCACGAUCAUGAACACAAUCACGAUCUCGAUCAUGAUCACAAUCACGAUCACGAGCACGAUCAUGAGCACGAUCAUAGAGAUCAGCAUAAACACGAGAAUUCUUCAGAAGCGCCAAAAGUGAUGUUGCCGUUAAAAGGGCAAAAAGAGAAUGUAACAAAGUUAAAUAAAUCGAAGUCUAUUGAAGUCAGGAAGAAGAGCGUCAAUUGGUCUCAAUAUUUUGGUAUUGAUAAAAGAAGGAAAAAGGCUGCAUUAAUGGCUGGACAAGGAACUCAGAAUCAAGAUGAUGAAUGGAUGUUGCAGCGAUAUUAUGAAAAUAUGGUGGAAAAUCUGAGACCGAACGAACGAGAUUACGAAAAGGAAACUAACGAAGGGAAAGAUAAAUUGAAUCAAUUGGAUUCGAGACAAAAAAACAUUAAAGACUUGAUUCUCGAGGAAGCUAUGAGAUAUGGAAAUUCCGAGGAUGAUAUAGAUAUGCAAAAGGUAAAAGAUAAGGUAAUGGCUCGUAUGGCUGCUGCGUAUUCUUUUGAGAAAAUGAGAAAAGCUCUAAACGAUCUCAGAAACAAUGUUGCGGCUAGAAUAGAGGCUCAAAAGGCGAUCUAUGCACAGAAUAAUCAAUCCUCUAACUUUCGAGAAAAUAGUAAUAUUCCUAAAACCAAAGACAAACGCAUUAACAAUUUAAUCGAAACUGAAGGUAUGGAAGAAAAUAGAGCUUGCCCUGAGCUAAAAAUGAUUGAAAAACGAUGCAGAGUUGUAGAUACUUUAGGUGGAGAUGAAUUACAAAUACUCUAUCUUCCUUGUGUUAUGCUUCAAAUCUGCAAAGCUUGUGUACAAAAUGAUCUAGAAGAGGAAUGUUUAGGUAACUAUGCAAUGGAAGCGGGAAAAAUCUGUGAUGCUCAAGAAAUAAGAGAAGGACCAAAGAGUAGAGAAGCUUGUGCUAGUACAGCUUUGGUAUUAUCGCAAUUACAAACACCAACAGCGAUUUCCGAUCAAUGUCGUCUCGAUGGAAACAAUUCUUGUUUACGACGAUAUCAUUAUCGUUAUUGGCAUCGUUAUCUUAAUUAUCCUUAUAGUGGACGACGAUUGCAUAUAGGUUAUGAUACAAUUAGUCCUCAACAAUCGGAUUGAUAAAAAACGGAAUGAUAAAGUUUAAGUGAUACAGCAUCUAUAAUACAUCGAGAAUGCUUUAUCGAGAAAUGUGUUUGGCUCUCCAACAGAUCAGUGACCUCGAAUCGAGCUUCAUUUUUUUUUUAUCAACUUUCAAUAUUUCGUUCAUUUUGUUUGCAAUUAAAAAUAGUAUAGUAAGAUCUAGAUAAUAAGAUUAGGAUACUCAAAAUAAUAUAUUAUUUAAUAAUAGGAUACAAGUUAUGUUAACUGUUGUUGAAAGAGUAUUUUGACUUCAGACAAAAAAAAUCAAGAAGUCGAGUAAUAUUUUCAAGUCGAUUCGAGAACACGACGAUAAAAAUGAUUAUAGUGUUUGUGUGUAUAAUUAUAUAUUCCGAUAUCAUUUCAUAACAAAAAGAAAGGAGAGACGGUUAAAUUUCAAGUUGAAAGAAUGUUAUCUUUGCGAGGUGUUUUUUAUUUUGAUAAUAAAUGCAACAACAAACAAUAAGGGACAAUAACUUUCGACAGAAAUUUUAUUAUUUUUUACAUAAUUUAUUUUUAAACAUAAAAUUAUUUACUUGUGUUUCUU